AUGUCAAGCGCGACGACACCGACUAUCAGCGUCACCGACCAUCACCAGUCGAAAAUGGAGCCUGUGACUGUGGCGAGCAAAGAGACCGAGGAAAAACGAGAGCAAUCAAGACAGGAUGUACAACCUGCUCGUGAUGUAGAAAAGGGAGGAUCAUCCCAACAUUUGGCCAACGAGGAGUAUGAGAUUGUCAAGUGGGACGAUGGCGAGGCUGCAAAUCCACAUAAUUUCUCAAAAGCCCGUAAAUGGAUGAUCGUACUAAUUGUUUGUAUGGGCGCGGUCUGCGCAACUACUUGCUCGUCUGUAGUGGCUUCGACAUACCAAGCCGUUGAGGACGAAUUCGGUAUCUCGGGAGAGGUUGCAACUUUGGGUGUGACGCUCUUUAUUGCGGGGCUGGGCAUUGGACCACUCUUUCUCGGACCUUUGAGCGAGUUUUUUGGACGGGCACCAAUAUAUCGCUGGAGCUACCUCUUCUUCGUCCUCUUCAACAUUCCCGUCGCACUGGCGCGUAACCCUGAAACAUGGUUGGUCGGCCGUUUCCUCUCUGGCGUCUCCGGUGCUGCGUUCCUGAGUGUCGCAGGCGGGAGUGUAUCCGAUCUCUUUUAUGGACCAGAGUUGAGUCUGCCAAUGUCGGUCUACUCUGGCUCGCCCUUCCUCGGUCCAGUCAUAGGACCUAUCAUUGGAGGGUUUAUCAACGAACACACUAAUUGGCGCUGGACAUGGUAUGUUCAGAUCAUCUGGGCCGCGAUUGAACUAGUCCUCUUGGUGUUCGUUGUACCCGAAACGUACUCUCCGGUGCUCCUCAAAAGGAAAGCCCAACGACUGCGCAAAGAAACCGGAGAUGACCGGAUCCGCGCAAAGCUCGAGCUAGAAGGAAAGAGCAUUGUCAAAACGGUGAUGCUCAGUGUCACUAUUCCAUUCAAAUUGGUGGCCAGCGAGCCCAUGGCGCUCGCACUGAAUACGUGGACAAGCAUUCUCCUUGGGAUUCUUUACAUGUUCUUCUCGGCAUUUCCAAUCGUGUUCUCUCAGCAUGGAUUCAACCUACAAGAAAAGGGUCUCACCUUCCUUGGCAUUGGCCUAGGCAUCAUUGUCGCAACCUCGAUGAAUCCACUGUUCACGGCCCAAACCGCCUCCACCCCAGAGGAACACCUCAUCAAGGGCCUAUACGGCGCAGUACUAUGUCCACUUGCACUCUUCUGGUUUGCAUUCACGACCUACCCGAGUGUACAUUGGAUCGUGCCUAUCAUUGCGAGUGUGCCCUUUGGGUUUGGGAUGGUUCUUGCAUACUCUUCGACCUUUACGUUCCUUGUUGACGUAUACAGGCCAUUCGCUGCCUCGGCAAUGGCCUCAAACUCGUUCAUGCGUUCGGCUCUUGCCGCCGCCUUUCCAUUAUUUACUACCCAAAUGUAUCAUAAACUUGGGACUGUAUGGGCAAGUGCGCUCUGUGCAUUCCUCCUCGUUGCAUGCGCACCUUUCCCUUUCCUAUUUUACUUUUACGGCCAUCGGCUGCGCAAGAGCUGCAAGUAUGGGGUCAAGGAAGAAUAA